GCCGUUGUAUGGACUUGGUUACUACUUUAGCUGCCGUGGUUUAGGUAGUCUAGUCUACACUGCAUAUUGUACAACACUACAUACAUACUUACCUACAUCCUAAGCCGCACAGAUUCGGGCAAGGACGAGACCUCCAGGGAAGAGGCAGGGAACGGGGAAGAAAGUACCCUUGACUCGUGAUGUAGCUGUGGGUGUAGGUAUGUUGCGUGUGAUGUAGUCGCCGCUCUCGCUCGCAGCUCGCAGCCAACUUAUACUUCCCAGGUUGGGGUUGUGUGACAUAGUGUACCAGGCCGGUUCGGUGCUUCUUGAAGUUAUAACAAAGACGACCUCGCACUGCCUUGUCCUCUCUUUUCUUUUUUCCCCCAGUCCUGCCUAACCACUUUCAUCUCAAAUCCAUUACAUGUGACUUAAAAGAAGAGACAUAUACCAAAAGCUCUUCUCCUUACCCAUCCCGAGAUAAAUACCCGUCGUACGACGUCGUGCCAUACAAGCCCGGUCCUUUGUCUCUUCCAUCAUCCAACUCGUCGACUUCUACGCACCACACUGCCAACGUGACUGGACCCUCAUUAAACCAGAACAUAUUCUCCUUCUCCUUCUCCUGGCUCCCUGACGGACUUUUUAAAGUCAACUGGCCUUUGCACUUAUAUCUUGUCCUUUGUGCACUUCCUUCCUCCCCACGGAUACGCACAAGAUACACAUCCAGUCAUCCCAUCAUCCAUCUAUCGCCUCUCACAACUUAUAUUCGCCAAGAUGACGCCAUUAUAUCUUUGCAACGCCUCCAAUAUAAAUCCUGCCGCUGUCGCCGCUUCCUCAUCAUCAGCAACAGUCGUAGACACCUCAGCAUCGUCACUAUCGUCGGCUCACGUAUCAGACAACACCACAAGACGGCCCAGCAAUGUCAUCAUGCACCCUCCCAGGCCCAAGAAGAAGAAGACUCACAGCACGGAUCCUUACCUGCGCGACUCUACCCUCGUUGCAGAGGCUGCGCGGCGUGCUCAGCUAUCUCUCAUGACGAGGGACAUGGAGGACGUCAGUAUAUCGUCAUAAAUCGAUCCGGAAUACCAAUGCGCUUUGCUCGCGUGCUCGACCGAGGUACCUAAUUUGCAUUACCUACGCUUCUUUAUUGUACCUAUCACCUCGUCGCCUGGCUGCGCGCUAUACCUUCCCCCAGGUUUCCCAAGUCAGCCACGAACGAGCGCAACGCAAUGCACGAUUCGACUAGGGUCGUCGUCUCAGUCCCGAACAAACUCGACGCUCUCCAUAUGUGUGGAUCGUAUAACACCACGUGCCGGAGAACCGCGGGACCGGGCUCUUGGCCUUACCCAGGUGCAAAAAAAAAAAGAAAAAAGAAAAAAGCAACUCAUAAUUCCUAAUAACCGUCUCAAUACCCGUCUCAUCUCUCCAAUUUCCCAGGGUCACAAGGUCACGCUGUUUUAUUAUUACCAAUAUCCUUUACGUACCUCCGUUUUCUAUUUUGCAUGACACGGUAUAUUCCGAGGCGUUCUUCACGAUUGUUAGCAUAUCACCAUUGGUGCAGCUGAUGCGGGACAUCCGCCAAUGUCCUCCUUCCAAGCCAUCUCGACGUCAUUGUGAUGGAUGGAUCUCCGCGUUAUACCGGAAACGAGGACUCUCUGCCUGCAAGCACUGGAGGAGAAUGGGGGGAUGGAGGAAGACGAGUCCUCAAACCGCUUGGCAUGCAUACGACUGGUGGAACCCCAUAUUUGGAACUGGGACACUACCAGCACCACGGUGCAGCAUAUUUAAAAACCUGUAUCAUGGACCCCAGUACGCUACAUUGCGCUAGGACAGAUUCAUCAUAUUCUUGGGCAAAUUGGAAUUCCCCAACCAGGCGGAACCAGGAGCAGCACAUGUAGGCGUGAGGCACAGCCAGCCGAAACGAACCCACUGCCCAAUCAACUUGGCGACCCUGGAAGACAUGGGAGACAGGAGAGCUAGGUACUAUGCUCGGGGCUGGAAUCGUCAUGUGCUUUGAUUCCUAGGUGCGAGGAUACGGAUCCCAGGAGGAACUAUGGACAACCCCGUGACUCGGGUAAAAGAGGCUGGAACUACUCGGGACUGGUUGUCUAUGGUCGGGGAUCGAAUCCCAUCCUACCUACCUAGCUCCUCGCUGUAUCAAUAGUUCAGUAGUACGGUAUAGUGAAUGCGGUGGGGGAAUGGCACCAAGAAGGAGUUCCCCGCGGAUCUAGUCCGAAGCCCCCCCGUAAUUGGGGAAUAUUACAAUGGAAAUUCAAUCAAUCAAUGAAAGCCAGUCAAAUCUCCAAAA